AUGAUAUCAAUCAUUAAUCGCUUUAACAAGCACAAGGAGGACCAUAUAUGGCUAAGGGAUCCUGCUUCAUCUGUGCAGAGAGAAGCGGAAUGCUUAAGCCAAAAACUACAACACUUGCAAGAAAGCUACAGGCAACUAAUGGGUGAAGAACUUUCUGGUUUGGAUACCAAUCAGCUAAAGAAUCUGGAAAGUCAAAUGCAAAUUGGUUUGAAUAGCGUUCGAAUGCAAAAGGAUCAAAUGUUUACAGAUGAGAUCGAAGAAUUGCAAGAAAAGGGAAGCUUCAUUCAUCUAAAAAAUGAAGAACUUCAUACGAAGAUAGACCUUAUCCACGAACAAAAUGCAGAACUACAGAAGGGAUACGGAAAAAGAAAAGGCAACACUAUCCUCCACAUGUUAUCAGCAAUGGAUAUGAUGAUAUCACUCUUCAACAAAGCCAGCAAUGAUAUGGGGUAUUCCCUCACCCUCAAAUUGAUGAAAAAUUAA